AUGUGGUGGUUUCGGAGGGGUCUGUCUGUCCUGCCUGUGGUUUUGAUCUCCUGGUCGUGUGGGACGCUGGUUCUGACCUACACCAUGUCCGUCCUGCUGGGCCACACUGACCUGCUGCUGCCGUACAUCAGUGAUACGGGCACUGAGGUUCCAGAGCGCUGUGUGUUCGGGUUCAUGCUCUGCAUCUCAGCGUUUCUCGGUGUGUGUACGGUGUACGUGCGCUAUAAGCAGGUCCAGGCUCUGAUCUCGGCGUCUGAGUUCAGUCUGCAGACACUCAACUAUGUGGGAUUUCUGCUCGGAGUGUUCAGCUCUGUGGGGAUUUGUGUGGUCGCCAACUUUCAGAAAACAGAUAUGAUGUCCAUGCACCUGUUUGGGGCGGGGAUGACCUUUGGCCCCGGAGCACUUUACAUCCUGGUGCAGACGGGACUGUCGUACCGCAUGCAGCCACGUUUCCACGGCACCGACAUCCUGUGGGCGCGCACAGCUAUCGGGGUUUGGUGCCUCAUCAGCAUCAUCAUCUUGUUCGUGUCGUCUGUGAUGAUGUAUGAUGAGAUGCCUGGAGUGGAGGUGGCCACGAAGCUACGCUGGAGUCCUGGAGAGAAAGGUUACCUGGCUCACCAGGUGAGUGCAGGGGCGGAGUGGUCUCUGGGCUUGUCCUUCAUCUGUUUCUUCUUCACCUUCAUUCGAGACUUCCAGAAAAUUUCUCUGCGAGUUCAGCCGAUUCUGCAGUGUAAUCACCUGUACAGCUACCCCCUGUACGAGGACAGAGAGCCUGUCCACCACGGAGAACACUCACCACUGCUGGCGGGGAACAUCUGACCACACGCACUGCCCCUAGUGACGUGGAUGUAGAACUGCAAUCAGCUUUGGACAUUUACUCACCAGUGAGGACGAGGAAACACUGCUGUCUGAUAAAACAUCUCUCAGGAAGUGAUAAUACAGCACCAGUCAAAAGUUUGGACACUCUGGCUCUGAAGGGAGCUGUGUUUACUUAUAUUAUUGUUUUCCUGAAAGGUUUUUCCUUUAUUUUAACAUUUAACUUUUUCCACAAGGGUUUUUUCUUUAUUUUUUGCUGUUUUACACAUUUUAGAAAAGUAAUACCCGACUUUAAAACCAGAUGCCAAGUAUUUAAAAAGUCCAUUUCACUUUGUUUCUAAAUGAAUCUUCACAUGAUCUUUUUCCAGCCUCGCUGUGUCUCUCACAGUUAGAGCUGUGUGUCACUGUGCCUUUAAGAGUAAUAUAUGUAAUUGAGCUCUGUUCUGAUUGGCUGUUCUAUAUUGUGCCUCAUUCAAAAAGCAGUCCAGUCUGAAACAUUGCUUUAUAAUUUCAAUGUCAGAUGUAGGCUGAAUGGUGGAGCUAAACUGCUGUACCUGAAUGGGUGGAGCUUAAUUGCUUUAGACUGAA